AACUGAUAAGUGACAGCCUAUCAGAGAGAUUCUUGAAUUGAUAUUUUUUAUUUGCUCGGUAGAAAACGCGUUUAUCUUUGUUUCAAUGUCUUGUCCUAAAUUUUAGGCUCAAUGUCAGAUUCAGAGUUCACUAGGUUCUCCAGGUCGAUGGACGGUUUCAACUUUCCCAAUUCGAUUGAGUACCCAAAUUUUGCUAAUGGGGUUGAAUUUAAUUUCGAUGAUCCUUCUUUAGAUAUGAGAUAUAUGGAUAAUCCAUUUGUACCGUCAGAACCAGACUCUGGCUAUUCUGCUCAUUCAUCUAGUGUGAGUUUGGAGGGAGACUCUUCUUCUCCUUCUGAUGAUAAUGACUUUUCUGCUACUUUCAAGUACAUCAACGAGAUGCUUAUGGAAGAUGACAUGGAAGAGAAGCCGUGUAUGUUUCAUGAUCCAUUGGCUCUCCAAGCCACUGAAAAAAACUUCUAUGAAAUAAUUGGUCAGAAGUACCCUGCCUCUCCUGAUCAACCCGCUCCUUAUAAUGUUGAGAUCCCAGAUGAUUAUUAUUCAAGUUGUGUUAGUGAUCAUGGUAGUAACAGUAGCCCUAGUUCUGGUACUAGUCACUUGGUUGAUUCGUUUUGGACUGUUGAUGAUGGGGAAUUCCAAAACUCCUGGUUAGGAAAACCUAUUCCCCGUAACUUUGUGUUUCAGUCCACUUCAAAUUCUAGCUCACGGUCAUCAAGGAGCUUUCAAAAUGGCUUUGCUAAUAAUGGUAUGGUGUCCCCUGUUAGUGAGCCGCUGGUUCCAAACUUGUUUAGUGAGAGUGAAUUGGUAUCUCAGUUCAAUAAAGGGGUAGAGGAAGCUAGUAAGUUCCUUCCUAAAGAUACUCAACUGGUUAUUGAUCUAGAUAGCAAAAUAUUCGUCCCAGAAUGGAAGGAAAAGGCUGCAAAGGUGGUAGUGAAGUCAGAGAAGGACGAGAUAGAGCAUUGGCCUAUUGGGUUGAGGGGAAAAAAGAAUCAUGAGCGGGAAGAUUCAGAUUUAGAAGAAGAGAGGAGUAACAAACAGUCUGCCGUUGACAUUGAUGACACUGAGUUAUCAGAGAUGUUUGAUAAGAUUGUUGUCUGCAGAGACCGGAAUAAGUUUUCAAGGUGUGCUUCUGAUGAUGCCUCACAAAGUAAUGGAACAAAUAAGAUAAGGCAGCAUAAUGGGGAAACAAGUGGAUCUAAUGUUGAGAAGAAUCAUGCUAAGAAACAUGGCAAUAAGAAAGAAAUGGUGGAUUUGAGAACUCUUCUCAUUCUAUGCGCACAAGCAGUCUCGGCUGAUGAUCGAAAGACUGCUAGUGAACAGCUGAAGCAGAUUAGACGACACUCUUCACCUUUUGGUGAUGGAACUCAGAGGUUGGCUCAUUGCUUUGCCAAUAGCCUUGAAGCACGCCUUGCUGGCACUGGAUCCCAGAUCUGUACUGUUCUCUCUUCCAAAAGAAGAUCAGCUCUUGAUAUGUUAAAAGCUUAUCAAGUUUAUAUUGAGGCCUGUCCAUUCAACAAGAUUGCAAUCAUCUUUGCAAACCAUACGUUCUUGGAAUUAGCUGAGAAAGCAAUGACGCUGCAUAUCAUUGAUUUUGGUAUUUUGUAUGGUUUCCAGUGGCCUGCUCUUAUUUUCCGUCUCGCAAAAAGACCUGGUGGACCUCCCAAGCUACGCAUUACUGGGAUAGAGUUUCCUCAAUGUGGUUUCCGGCCAGCUGAAAGAGUCCAGGAGACAGGGCGUCGCUUGGCAAAAUACUGUGAGCGCUUUAAUGUUCCAUUUGAGUACAAUGCCAUAGCACAGAAAUGGGAAAACAUCAAAGUUGAAGACCUCAAAAUUAGAACCAAUGAGGUUGUUGCAGUGAAUUGUUUGUUCCGGUUUAAGAAUCUACUUGACGAGACAGUUGUGGUGAAUAGUCCAAGGAAUGCUGUUUUAAACUUAAUUAAGAAGAUAAAGCCAACUAUUUUUAUCCAAGCUGUAGUGAAUGGAUCCUACAAUGCCCCUUUCUUUGUCACACGGUUCCGGGAGGCACUCUUCCAUUAUUCAGCAUUGUUUGAUAUGUGGGACACAAAUAUUGACCACGAAGAUCAGAUGAGGUUGAUGUAUGAAAAAGAAUUUUAUGGGCGGGAGGUCAUGAAUGUUAUAGCAUGUGAGGGCUUGGAAAGGGUAGAGAGACCUGAGACAUACAAACAGUGGCAGGUGCGGAACAUGAGGGCUGGAUUCAGACAGCUUCCAUUGGAUCCGAAACUCAUGAAGAAGCUGAGAGGUAAGACGUCUAUUUACCACAAUGAUUUUAGUGUUAAUGAGGAUGGCAACUGGAUGCUGCAAGGAUGGAAGGGCCGAAUUGCCUAUGCUUCCUCUGCAUGGGUACCUGCAUAGGACUUGACUUUCACAAGAGGCAAGCAAUGAUGUUUGUGCUAUUGGGGGCAACCUGGCAUUGGCAUAGAUGGGUUAGCUAGGAGUUGAUAUGAGCUUCCUUCGACAAUAUUGUGUUAUGUUGCAUUUCAGUAGACAAAAUUAGGCUUGCCUUAUUUUAGAAUGUGUAGUACGUAAUAGUAGUAAUUUAACACCAAUUUAUGUAAGGGGAUCGGAGUCUUAUCAUGGCUUGAUGUGGCUUAUUUGGGUUGCAAUUGUUUUGCAUAUAUAGAAUACUUACCGCUAGGAGUUAUGUUUUGAUUUCUUAGUGCCUAUACUUCUCUUGUAUCUUUUUAUCUUAUCGGUUAACAGGAUGUUAUUUUCCUUAAA